ACUGGAACACCAAAUGAAUGACAGCUCUGUAAUCUCAUAACAACGUCCCUGCAUCUGUCAUGGCAAGUUGUUCGCAGAAAAUCGAGAUAGGAUGGAAAAAGGAAUUGCUGGAAGGUGACAAGGACGAAAGCCAAAGCCACGACAAUCACGAUCAAAGUCGUAGUGGAGAUCGAGGACGUAAGAAGAAGAAGUACCAUCGCCUGGAGUCAGAGAGUUCGUCGUCGUCAUCAUCUUCACACUCAAGUCGCAGCAGUUCCAGCGACUCAGCCUCGUCCUCCGAAAGGAAGAAGAAAAAAUGCGAGCGACGUGAGAAGCGCGAGAAAAGCAAAGAAGAGAAAAGACUGAAAAAGGAGCAGCGUCGCGCCGAAAAGAAGGAGGAAAAGGAGAAAAAGAAGGAGCUAAAGAAAGCCAAGAAGGAAAAGCGCAAGGAGGAGAAACGCCUGAAGAAAAUGCACAAGAAGCUGAAGGAAUGCGGUGGCGAGCUUGCAAGCGGCGAUGGUUGUGACUUCUCCGUUCCAAUUGAACUAAUGUACAACAAGGCUCGUGCUCCGGAAAGGCCGGAGGAAUAUGAAGCUCGACAAAAGCAAGUUCGUCGCGUCACCGACCCCGAGACGGGACGCACUAGGCUAAUACGUGGUGAUGGGGAAAUUCUAGAAGAAAUUGUCAGCAGAGAACGGCAUCAGGAAAUCAAUCGAACAGCGACCCGAGGCGAUGGUGAAUUUUUCCAGAGUAAGACCGUUGGCUGGCACAGUAAAUCGUAGUCAUAGUGUUCGUUUUGUUCAUAACUAUAGGAAUAUGUACGUGUGUAUGUGUAUUACGCAAUAUUUGGAAGAAUAAAUUUAUAUAUUUUAU